CCUUAACAACGCUGGCAAUUUCGUCUGAAGGAGAUGCGGGUCCGAUUUCACAUCAGGAAACGUCGAGUGUGGCAGGGGCACCGACGUCGUUUAAUAACGAGACGCUUUUCGAAUUUGCAUCAACUGCACCAGCAACCUCGUUUCUCAACGAGAAUACGGUCGGUGAGUCGGAUACAUCGCAGCGUCUGGAUUUGUAUCCAUCGGAAGUUCGUAUCCAGGGUUAUGGUUCUUCGAUGUCGACGGCAGCGCAGUUUUUGGCGCAGGAUCCUUGCUUUGUAUUUUGCACCUACAAGAGAAUUCGCGCGCAUCCCGAUGUUGGGCACUUCUCGCAAGCACAUUGUGAGCUUAAUAUUGCCUUCGGAAACAGGCGUGAUAAUGUCUUUGGAGACGACGAGCGCCAUAGUAGCCAUCAUCAAUUCUGCAUUGAGUCCUGCGCGCCUUUGCUCGCACCAGAAACAAAUGAGUUGCCUCUCGAAUUGCGGAGGCCGUGCGCUUCACUCUUCGACGUUCAAGAGGAUUCAUCUGCACGCUCGAAGGAAACUCGACAAUUCACCGCUACCCGUUGGCAGAGCAUCGGAUGGCCAACGGACGUGGCCGUGUUUCCGAGGGACACGCAAUUUGGCUGCAUUUCCAACAAAGCGAAAGAGCUGUCGGUCAAAAUUCACGAAAUUGCAGCCGACGCCGGCCCGUUUGACCACAGGCUGAGCGUCUUGAACGAACUCUUCAUCCUCGAACACCUUCCCUAUCACGAGCACGUUAUUCCGCAUCUAGGGUCUCGCCGAGACACAUUGCACACGAGGCUAGGAUGGCGUGCGUCUAAGGCAGAGGAGCCAGCUAACGUCGCAAAAUCUUACCCGCCAAUUAUCUACACACUUCUACCAAGCAUGGGUCUCGGUACGCUCCUCAGGGAUAACAUCGAUGCCGCUCAUGAAAGCAAUCCCGAGAUGGACAUGUUUCUGUCAGACUACUUGCCACUAGUUCGAGGGAGUCUUCUAGCGCUGGGUCACCUCGAGCGGCAUGGCGUUGUGUAUGGUGAUCUGCAGCCGGAAAAAGUGGUGGUCUUCCAGCGUUAUACGAAAACCAGUGACGCUGGCUCACCUACGCCGAGGGCUUCACAACAUCCGAUGCUGUCGGACUUCGGGAGCGCGUCACUCGUCGGAGACACCACCUUCGAUCAAGACAGAGUAUUCACACCGAAGGCAAUGUAUCGACCACCUGAGCUAGCACGGCUUGGUCAACAGUUAGAAGAUAUCAAGGUGACGACUGAGGCAGCGGCGAAAGCAACGCCCGGAGCAAAAGGCAAAGCAAAGGCCAAACUAAAGCCCAAAUCACGGGCUAAGGUAGAGGACGAGUUCGCUCUUCUUCGCAACCAAGCGGAGGUCGAUAGGUGGAGCAGUGGAAUCAUGUUCACGGAGAUGCUCCAGGUCCUAGCGCCGAAAGCUUCGAUCAAAACAACUUUUGCAACAAACCGCGACAGCGCACACGCAAAAGCCUGCGCACUGGCGAUGUACCUUUCCCAGGGAACAGAACAACCCUCUGACGAAGAAAUUAGGACAUGCGAAUGUGGCGGAGAUCAGUCGGGUUGGCACACGGACGGCUUGAGUACCAUCAUCAAGGCAGCUUUGGACGAGAAGAUCUUCGGGGCGAGCACAGCCACAGCGCUCUACAACUUUCUUCGCGGUGCAAUUCAAUGCAGUCCGAAGAAGCGGAAGAAAGUCGCUGGAAAUGACGGGUUGAUCAAGCUGUAUAACAAUCUUGUCGAAGAGUAUGCAGGAGAGAUGAGUGGGCCAGAAAAGCAGGCAGGCCUCGAAUUGAAGAUCAAUGUAGAAAUGCAAGACCAGGACCGCAAAGCAGUGGCGAGCAGUGUCGUGAAUAGCCCUUCAGGUGCAUCGCGGAAGUGGAACACGAGCGUUGGUAAGUAUACUAGACAGCGGGGGAACCUCAAAGCAGAGAAAGCUGCUGCCGACGCUGCUGCUGAUGCCGCCACUGUCGCCGCUAAAUAUGCCGCCAGUGCCGCUGGGGCUGACUUUGUCUCUGCCAACCCGUGGCAAGGACACAAAUCGGACUUGUCCAAAAAAUACAGGAGUGCAAACGCCGCCGAAAAAGCUACCAAGGCCGAAAAAGCUACCAAAGACAGCGAGGCCAAAGGGGCCGAGAGCAAGGCCAAAGCUGCCUCCUACGCUACAGCUUUUGCGCGAUUUGUGGACAAUAUCGUGUACGACAGCGAAGUGCUAGGGAACGAAAACGAGGAGUCGGCGCGUCCGCAGCUCUAUCCGUCACGCAUUGUGAUGCGGACCCCUUCUUCUUCGGGCUCAAUCGCAGGACAGUUUUUGACGCAUGACCCGUGCUUUUUGCGCUGCUCCUAUAUGAAAACUUCGGACGGAAGGAUUGAGACGGUCCAGAACUGCGUGGCAAAGGUUGCGUUAUUCACGCACAAGGAUACUGUUUCGUUCUGCAAGAACUGGUGUGCGCCUCUGCUUAUUGCAGACGGGCAGCCUCUCGAACGACGGAGGCCCUGCGCUUCUCGCUUCGGCCUUGUUGAGACGGAGGGCGCGAAGAGCCUUUUGCCGUUUACGCGCCGCACUCGACAAACGGAGACGGAUGGGGCUGGGACGAUGUACGAAAGUCUCAGACCGACAGUCCUGCUACCGUGGUUCACGCGCGAUGCCUUUCAUCCGGCAAUUGGACCACUGUGGCUGCGCUUCAAGACAGGGGUCAAAGUGCGGGAGAUUAAGGACGACCACAGGCCGCAUCGCUGGGUCAGCGUUAUGAACGAAGUCUUCAUCUUGGAGCACCUGCCUCGCCACGAUCACGUGAUCCCGUACCUAGGGUCUCGCCGCGGCACGAGGCGUCUUUCUGAGAGCGGAUGGAGAGCAAAGAAUGUCGCUGCAAUCUCAGGGACGGGCGGCGACGACUCGCAGUACAUAUACACAUUGAUGCCAACCGCGGGUCCCCGCAGCCGCACGCUCAGGUCUGUGAUCGACGAGGGACUUGACCCGCAUUAUGGCAGCCUCGACGAGUUUGUGACGGGUUACUUGUCGAUAGUGCGGGGGACUCUCCUGGCGCUGGGCCAUCUCGAGCGGCAUGGCGUUGUGUAUGGAGGCCUACAGCCGGAAAGUGUAGUUGUUUUCGAGGGUUAUUCAAAUGUGAAGCAGUUCGACGCUCGAUCUGACACGAGUGCGCCCGCUUCAACACAUCCGAUGCUGGCGGACUUUGGGAGGGCGUCAUUCCGCGAAGACGAAGACACUCCCGCUUGGACACUGAUGGCACCGUAUCGACCACCUAAGCUAGCGCACCUGCAACCACAGAGCGCAGCAGAAGCCAAGGUCUUCGUCGAUCGCUGGAGCGCUGCCAUCAUGUUCACGGAGAUGCUCGAGAUCGUAAAUGGUAAAGCUGAGGGGCUUCGGGCGAAAUUCAGCGGCAUUAGCGCGCGAAUUAAAGACAACCCUGACAAAGACAACGCAGCAGCCUGCGCACUGGCGAUUUAUCUGUGCACGGGAAGGAGUGUGGAUGUGGAUGCAUCAAAAAACUGUGAUAUCAGCGAAAAUGGCGCAAGCCAAGCGAAGAAGAACGGCAUGCGGCUCAUUAUCCAGGAGUACCAAAACGCAGACGCUUUCAGCGAAGCGACAGCCGAACCGCUCUACGACUUUCUCCACGGCGUACUGCAAUGUAACCGGGAGAAGCGGGCUCCACUUGCGGGCAAUGAGGGGCUAAUGCAUCGUUACAGCUUGGUGGUCGAAGCGUUUGCGAGAGAGAAGAAAGUGACGCAACCGCAGGCAGAUGCGUUGAAGACUGAUAAUUUUGACGUAGAACAAAAAGGCGAGGUCUCUAGUGGAUGGACGCAGAGCGUCAAAUGGUACGAAGACAGGCGCAAGACGACUCCCAGCGGAGGACUAAAGAAGUGUCACGCCUCCGAGAAGGAUGCUGGUAGGACCACGGCUUCGUUGAGCUACAAGCACUGUAUGCAGGACAACGAAAAGGCCAAAGCCGUUCACGACAGAGCUGUUACGGCACUGUUCGACGAGAUCGUGUAUAGAGGAGAGGUACUGGGGCCGGCUUGCAUCGAAGCUGAAAACGCAGCGCAGGAAAAGAACAAACGCGCCGGCGAGGCAGCGCGAGCUGCGACAAAAGCCGCCAAGGCAGCCGCGAAAGCAGCCACCGAGGCCAAAUCAGCCGCCGCAGCAGCCGCCAAGGCGAAAACAGCCGCCGGCGCAGCAGCCGUCAAGGCGAAAACAGCCGCCAAGGCGAAAACAGCCGCCAAGGCGAAAACAGCCGCCAAGGCGAAAACAGCCGCCGGCGCAGCAGCCGCCAAAGGAGCCGAGAAAGGAGCGGGCAACGUCGAAGCCGAAAAAGCAAAAGAGCUUGCAACAAAAGCCAGGGCCACAGCAGUUGCGACUGCAGACCAGGCUGCGAAAGUCAAUAAGGCCGAGCAGGAUGCUAGGACGCUGAGCAGAACAGCCACAGAAGCCGCAGAUGCCUUGAAGGCGUCUCAGAAGGCCCUCACAGAAGCAAGCAAUGCUAGGAAGGCAGCCUGGGAUAAUCUACAACUUGCACAGAGAACCGGAGAAAUCGAUACUGCCAAAGGCACUUGGAAUAAGGCGGUAGGAGUGGAGAACGAUAAAAAGAAGGCUGUAAGAGAAAAUAUCGAGAGGAAAAACGAAGCCGAAAUAGCGGCAAACCGCGCAAAACAUUUGGCAAAGAUAGAAACAAAAAAGAGCAGGGACCUGGACAAAGCGUCCGGGAAAGCUACCAAAGCAGCCAGCAUAGCGGCAAAGGAUAAAUCAGAGGCCGACCUACUAGAUCAGGCAAGAAGAGCCGCCGCAAGAGCAUCAAAGCCAAGAAGCGAAGCAGGAGAAGAAGAAGAAGAAGAAGAAGCACCCGGCAGAGGAAGCCCAAGCGAAGCAAGCGACAGCACAGUGGCAGAAGCCUUGGCUGCAGCUGCCAAAGAAGCCGACGAAGAGGCACGCGCCGCAGCACUUCGUAAAAAAGUUGCCGAAAAAGCCGCUAACGAAGCCGCCGCCGCGCUAAAAAAAGCGAACGAGGAGGCCGGGACGGCGAAGAAGGCCUCCGAAAAUCUCAGGAGUGAGUGUGACUCCCUUCUGCCUCCUCGGGACCAAAGCCAAUAGAUAGGAGGGCGGCGUAAAUCGUCCUGUGCUUGGGGUGUGGAGGUGCAUUUCCUCUAUGUCUAUUAUCUGCGAAAGAUACGCCUUGCGCCGGCUGGUGGGUACAUGGUAGGCACUUGUAACGUUUGAAGCCUGUCAGCAAAUUCAAAAUUUAUACCGUGAUAACCUUUUUGCACCAGAUGCCAUAAAUAUGAAGGCAGCGCGCACUCUAGUGGAUUAGUGCCCGAGUUCAUGGAUAUAGUGCGGCUGGCCUAUUUCGAAGGCUAUACAUAGCCCACCUCCAUGCGUUGCGCUGCACGUAGUAAGCCUAUGGCUAUCUGCGGGUAGUGCGCGCCCCCAAUUCUAACUUUCGGGAGCGGCGUGGCUUGAGUCUCUUGGGCUGAUCUUCCAGGGGGGACGAGCUUCGCUUGCUUUUAUAUUUAUUUACUAGACUUCAGCGCCCGAUAGCUCUCCCUCCACUAGAAUCCUCCACCUUCUUCGAGCAUUUCCUUCGCCAAGACGCGCCUCCCCCGCUCCUCUUCCGCCAGCUCGCGGCGCUUUCCUGGCGAAGUGGUCCGCGCCAGAGGAGUCGGACGGAACAGGGGCGCCGCGGAAUUUAACAGAGGGGGCCGCUUCUGUCUCUGAGGUUUUUGAGAUGUCUCAAGGUGUGCCUGCUUUUGAAUUUAGUGCAGGGCUUUGGAUUGGGAGCCUUGAGCGCGAAGCUUCGCACGGAGCUAAGCCUUUGAGGUGGAGACUUGGGGUGAGAUUGGUGGAAGCUCUGCUCGCAGCUUGAAGCUCGCGACGGCUUGCAGUGUGAAGCUUUGAGCUUCCGCAGCGCUCGAGGUGUAGAGCUUCGGGCUUGGCGCUUUGAUUUUGAAGCUUUGGGCGUGCACGCUGAAGCCCUGGACUCGAACAGAGUGCCGGGCCUGAAGGGUUUGGCCUGAAGUCUUGGAGCUGGGCUCUUGGGUCUGAAUUCCUCAAGUUCGAAAGUUUUCGACUCUAGCGAGCUUGUCUGAAAUUCAACUUCUUGGAUUUCAAUUUGUCAAAUUCCAAAGUUUUUGACUUUAGCAAGUUUGUCCGAGAUUCAACCGCUGGGAUUUCAAUCGCUUAAAUCGAUCCAAAAGCUUGAGCUUAACUCUCUGCCAAGUUUUCCCGCGCUUCAAUUUCUUGGGUUUCAAUUUCUCAAACCCAAAAGCUUUGAUUCUAGCAAGCUGCUGGCCCGAGAAUUCAACUGCUACCCUUGGCCUCAUUUCUUUAAGCCCGUAAGUUUUUGACUUUGACAAGCUUGGCCAAGAUUCAGUCUCUUUCAUUCUCUUGGCCUUCAAUUUGUCAAAACCAAAAGCCCGCGACUUUGGCAAGUUUUUCUGAGACUCAAUCGGCUGGAUUUGGUUCGCGAGCUUUGAUAAAUUCACCAGCUCACAAGCUUACAAACUCACAAACGCACCAACUCACCAACUCACCAGCGCACAAACUCACAAACUUCAAAAAAUUUACAAGCUCACAAAUUUACAAACUUACAAAGUUACAAACUUACAAAGCCCACAGACUCGCAAACUGGCAAAAUCGCAAACGCACAAAGAAGCCCACAAACUCGGAAACCUUGAAACUUUGAAACUCAUAAACUCGCAAAUUCAUAAAUUCCAAAACUCAUAAGUUUUGGAGUGCGGGGCUUUGGGGGUGCGGGGGUUUGUAAGUUUAUGAGUUCGUGAGUUUCUGAGAUCAUGCUUUCAAAUGUGAAAGCGUGAGGCUUUGGGGCUUGGAAGUGGGGGAGUGAGAGUUUGGAGGGGUCGCUGUUUUUUUGUUAAUUUCGCUCUUUAUUUUUACGUGGCACCUUCGAACUAUAGCAGACCUGUAUAAGAUAUCCCGCAAGGGAGCCGCCCCACUAUCCCCUGGAAGAGCCCGGGGUGGCUUGCUGAUGAGGAGACGCCGCAGCCAUAAUCUGCACUCGCAGGGGAGGGCGACAGGCUGCGCCAUUAUAGACCCUCCCUGUGUGCUCCUGCAGUCCAGAACCCCAGGGCGGCCCCCCCCUGAGCAGGGCAGUGCUGGCAGGGCUUCUGAUUAGCAAGCGGCUUGCCUUGUGCCGCGUAUCUGCGUCCACGCUUCUCCUCCACUCCUCGCACAUUACAAAGGCUGCGACAUGAUAGGAACGCCCGCGCCGCGCUCUGGCCUCAUACUGGCCCCGUAUUGGCCUUGGCUGCGUCAUCACACGGCGCCAGGAUGUGCGCCACUCGGCCCCUUUAUUUUGGCCGCCCGUUUAUCAAAGCGCCAGCUGCUCGGGUCUGAUACUUGCCGGAUGUUGGUAAAAAAUAGCUUUGGCCAUUUCUUUGCGCUAUUGCGUGGCCCUCUUGCGUUGUCAAAUGUAAAAAAUAUCGCUCGGGGCCUUGCGCGGUCUCCCUCCUCUUCUGCAGAUCCUUACUCGUUUUAGCUCCCUGCGUGAACUCAUCUGCGCCACUCUCGUGCAUUGUCUGACUAUCUUAGAGUUAGAACUCAGGCGCAAGGCUCAAGACCCCACAACCGGCAAAAGAGGCCCACAGUAGAACGCUAGGCAGAAAGUCAUAAGGCGGGGGAGCUCGUGAAGGUUGCGGCGACCUUAUCGCCAUGAGCGCCCUAUAUGGACUACGGAAAAAGAAGGCGGCGGCCCCGCGUUAGCAGGCUAAGAGCUCCAGCACAGUGCCGGCCGUUGCGUAGUAGGUCAGACGAGAGAAAGCGCAAAGCGCAACACAUCGAGCGCACAGCGCAGCCCCGUGCUGGUUGUCAGGCUUUACACAUCGAGCGACCGGGCAGCCUUAUGCUGACAGCUGGAGCGGGUAGCGCAUUAGCUACAGCAUGGAGCGCCCUCGUAUGAGUGUAGUCUAGUCGCUAACUGCCUUACCACUGUCCCCUACCUCUAGGGAGCAGCAGAAUGGAAGGCCUUCACCUCUGCCGCUCUUAUUCAGUAACCUACCAGAAGAGAAGUGAAAAGCCGCGCGCUCUGAUGUCUUGGCUUAGCGCCAAAGCUCACCAUCCAAGAUAACAAGUAGGCACCCAAGUCCGCGACGGUAUGGGCCGGGCUGUCUAUGAAGUCAGCUGCUAAGGCAGACGGCCAAAAGCUGCCCACUGAAUCGAAGAAAACGAGCGCCGCAGCCGCUUCUGCCUCUGAAUCUAUGAAAGCAGUCAAGGCAACGCCGAAAACUGCCAAGGCAUCCGCCACCAUCCCAUGGCGACCUGUGAAGGCGGUCACGAUGAUGGCCAGCCAGUCGUAGAAGCUUCCCAACCUGCGGAGACAUCUUCGGCGUCUAAAGAUAAUCCAGCCGCGGGUGAUAUCGGUCGCGUGCUUGGCCUCCCACUGACACGCGUGAACGCUGGCGGAGAUAGCCCACAAGGUGGCAAGGGGUCUGCCCCUGCGGGGAUGCUCGCCUGGACUAGGGCCGGCGGCCACGGCUGCCGGCGAUCUUGCUCCGCGUGCAGCCGAUACCGCCGGCGUUAAUAUGGCUCAGCCGAAGCUAGCUGGACAGCGACGGCCAUAGAUACAGCAGGCGAAGACGCUGGCGGGCUUUAAGAGAGGCCGCGCGUAUACUAUGCCUUGAGCUGCCACUCUACUAAUGCGGCGGGUUGUGUAGUCGUUGCAAGUUGCUACCCACUAAGAAAAGAACACCCACCAGGCCGACGCGUCGCGCGUGCCGCGUGUCUUGUCGACACGUCGCGCGCGUAAGCCACAUCUUCUCCCAAUUAGAACCAUACUGCGCAGCCAGUGGGCGUUCCUAUAUUACUCUACAGGCACAGAGGAGAACAGUGGCAAGCAACUGCUUAGGGCAGAGCGGGCACACAUCGCCGAACAGCGCGCGGCUGGAUGGUGGAGACCUUUGAGGAGGUUGGGGCAAGGUGCAGCACGAUGGUGAACAAGAGCAAGACGGAGGCGCCCACGCGGGAGAAGUUGCUUGACAACAGAGGAGAGGCGCGCACCUUGCGAGAGACGGGGGGGCAGUGCAUACUCUUCGGGAGGGGUGGGCCUAAUGCGUAGACAUGGGGCGGGGGCUGGUGAGUGACGUCGUCAACAUUUACGGGGUGACACGGCUGGAGGCCACGGAGCGGCUGAACAAGGUGAGGAAGAUGGGGGCGAGCGGUGGGCCCACUCUUGGGGGGUGGCUGGGGGCGCUGGCAGAGGUGUCGGCGGACACGGUGCUGCCUUACGGGUUAGACGUGUCGAAGCUGUCUCGUCAUGAUAUACACAGAGCAAAUGCAGCAACUACCGGCCAGGCCCUUGAUGACGGUCGCAGCGCUGGGAGACGAGAGGCGCACCGGCGAAGCUUGGGCCAAAAAGGGGGAGGAGCCUGGGAAGGGUUCGAGCAAAGAAGAACCAGCGGGAGCAUGUAGGAAGAUGGGGGAGGGUAUGCGCAUGAAGCAGGAAGAGCGAGGCGGGCAGACGGGUGCCCACCUCAACGGCGAGGAGCAAGGCGGAGCGCCGGCGGCUUCUCGCGGUCGUUGACCGAUACAGGGGGGAGAGGUGGGGGAGGUGCUUGGGCAGUGGGUUGGAACUGAAGGCGAACAAGGGGCCAAACAUCACGCCGGCAAGGAGGGCAGGGCUGCAUGAGAGAGACAACAAGGAAGAACAGGCAUGGGAGAAGUUAUGGCGGCGAGUGGCGGGACACUUCAGGGGGAGGGAUCUUGGGGGGGCAAAAGGGAUGGAGGGGCUUCGGAGGGUCUGGGAAGUGCUGGAGGAUGCUGAGAAGCUCGAACAGGAGCCGGGUGCCAAGACGUGGGCAAAAAGGCCGAAGGCAAGGAGCAUCGCGGCGGUGCGCUUCAGGGGCCCGCUCUCCAUACGUUGGAGGGGGUUGUGGAAUGCGGCGGCGAGGGCUCUACAUGACACCAGAAGAGGGGAAGAGGGGGCCCGAGGCUGGACAACCUGCGAGCAGUGUGACAGGGACGGCCGCAAAGGGCUGCGGGGGGGGCUCGUAGGGCACUGGGUUAAGACAGCGAAGGGCAAGAAGGAAGGAGAUGCGGAGACGUGUGGGGAAAAGGCGGCACGGCAGAGGGCAGAGGAAUGGAGAGCCAUGAAGAGGGAAAAAGGGCGGAAAGAAGGGGAAGAGGAGGGAGGAAGGGGGGCAGUGACAUGCUCGAAAUCUUUGGGGAAAUGUAUCCGGAGGGAACGGGAGGCACGGCGGCGGGGCUCCUGGAGUUCUUGGGGGAGGGCGCCUGGCCAUGGCAAGGGGUAGGGCCUAUGUGCAUCGACGACGGCCAAACAGUCCCAAGAACACCAACCGCCGCCACGUGGCUGCGCUAUUAGUCAGGCUACCAGGGGGACGCCCACGCCUGGGCACCUUUCGUGGCUAGUUUUCCGCUAAUAUUCUUCUAAUUUUGAAGAGGUCGCAAAUCGUAGUAGGCUAGUCGGUUGCCUGUGGUGGUCGAGGUGUGUCUUCUCUUGUGUGGUGGGCUUAGCUGUGUGGCCGCAGGGUGUAGUAGGCUCUUUGUGGCUUUGCCGUCGUGCCGGGGGGUGAGUCCCUGCGCAAAAGGUCUGCGGUUGGCGCGGCACCUGUCAGACUGGUGCCGUGCUCGGGUCGGUUUUUGGGGUCUAAUUUUUUUACUAAAAAUAAUACUAAUUUAGCACGCUAAAAACCGUGCUAAUUUAGCACUCUAGUUAAGCACUUCAAUUCGGCGGGACUUCUCGCCGAAGUGCCUCACUUUUUUGCUCUAAGGAUUAUGCUAGUUCGUUACUCUAAUUGUUUUGGGGGGUUCUCGAAAGCCCUCCAAAAUUCUUCUAAUUAGGCACUCCAGUCCGGCACUCUGACCUUGCACCCCAAAACCUUGCGCGUUUUCGCGCUAUCGGGGGGCUUGUGAGUUAGAGCAUUGAAUUAGGGCACACAACUAGCGGAAUUUUUAGAGGGUUUUCGAGAAGCCCCAAAACCAAGCUACCUGACUUUGGUCUCUCUUGUUUGGUUCGCUUUGGUGUCACUGUUUCAGGGCUAUUAGGCUUGCCCUCUUGGCUGUAGUGGUGGCUCGACUACGUUUUCCCCAAAACCAAACUAGCGCGACGAGUUAGCUACUUGUCGAGCGAGCUCCCCCCGGUGCAUUCUGUCGGCCUUUCCUAAACUGGCAGAAUUCUUAGCGCUCGCGUUAGAGCCUUUCCGACCUAAAGGCGCAGCGUCGUGAAAGAUCAGCCGGCCACGCAUCGCGUGCAGUGAUUCUGCUCUUCUGUGUCGUCGGGUUUUGCAGAGUCUGCGCACAGAAGUACGCUGAUGGUGGCUGCAGCUGAGGGCGGUGGGUUUGCUUAUCGGUCGCGGCUUUGAUGGUGUGGCCGGUGGGUCUUUCUUGGGGGUUUCUCAGGGGUGUCGCUAGCAGCGUCGGAGGGUUUUUCGAGAUCGUUGGGGUGGGUCAAAUUAGUAAAGUUUUGGAAGCAUUUUAGAGGAAUAGAGUGGCCGGCGUUGUCCCCCUGAAGGCUACUGCGGGCCUUGGAAUGCUAUAGGGCUUGGGCUCUCGUAUCAGUUUUUGUAUUUUAAGACGAAGCACCAGCAAGCCAGACACCCGCGAGACAAAAAGGAAUAGACCAAGGCAGCAGGGGCGAAAAGAAAGCCCAAAACACGUAGCCAGCGCAUCUCUUUGAGAAAAGCGACGAAAACGAUACAAAGCCAGGGCAGAAUAAGGGGGGCGCGCCGCGUCUGGGUGUCGUUAGCUCAAUCUUCAAGGCUAGGCAACUCUCAACAAGGCAGACGGCCCGGGAAAGCGCGGGCAAAAGAAUGGAACCACUCAUGGGCUUGGAUGGGUUUGACAACCAAGACAAGGGGGGCACUCUCCAGGAAAAAGGGGGCGACUCGCUAGGCAGGCCGGUAGUUUUUUCGCGGCUUUCGUCACCCAUGAAGAGGCGCACGGCGAUAACUUCGAAGAGCUUGCCGAGGGUUAGUGAGUGAGUUCAUAUCAGUGAUUCGAGGCGGCUUACUUAGGUGGCAGGCGGUUGGGGUGGGUUCUCGGAAGACAGUAAGAAAGUCAACCAGAAGAAGAGCUCCUUCGCCGGUCCCACUGGCGGCGCGUAGGCGGUGGGCUUAGCGCUUCGGCCCCAAGUCCAGUCUCCAAAUUGGACGCAUUUGCCAAGAGUGGCGCGCCAUGCGCUGCCAUCAGCCGGAGGGAUGGAGACGGAAUAGCUUAGAAGUUUCAACCCUUUCCCUUCUCGGACGGCGGGAGGUUAACUAAGGCGGAAACUGGUCGGCACUCGGGUCAGCAAAAACCUCGCCAAGGUCUGACUGGAGGGAAAGCCCCGCGGCUGCGUCGGUUCUUCUUUUUCUUCUUGCUCUUUCUGCUGUCGUCGGUCAAGGUGAACAGUUGUUCGGGAGCGUCGGAGGGAGAGGAGGGGGCCGGCGACUUGGGAGAAGGAGCUGCUUGAAAAGCGGACGAAGAAGGCGCGCAGUAAAAGCGGCGGGAAAAAUGCAGCGAGGACGACACAGACAACGCCAACGCAGAAAAAGAGGUCGCUGGCUCAAGUCUCAAGGCUGACUAUCUUGGUUAGAAAGAGAAGAGCGCGCCGAUGAAAGAGAUUGCUCAGGGGCUUGAACAAGUUAAACAAAUAGGACUGACAGGGGGGGCGCUUUUCUUUGAGGAAAAAGCAAGAGCUCGACGCACUGGGCACUGGGCAGGCUUGCCCUGAUUGUUUCGCCAAGCUGGGGCACCUUUCACCAGAGUGAGAAGUGGCGGGGCGGGGUCUACGCUCGUCUAGAAUAUGAAAAGCCCGACGCUGCUCAGUGUGGUCGUCGUUUGCCACUAACAAAGACCAACACGGCUGCCCGCUGGCAGCCCAGUCUUCAGCGAAUCGCUGAAGAUCAAGCCCUGGCCGAAGCAGUUGGUGACGUCGUGCUGAGGCUCCACCUUUGGGACGAAACUCACCGCGUGCGGGAGUCCAGAGUCAUGCCCUUGAUGCAGCUGGCUGCUUCCUUUGUGUCAUUCUUUGGCGUUCUCCCUCUGACUUGCCUGGUCUAUAGAUCGGAAGAGGAGGCCAUUCGGAACCGCUUCGCAGAACCUGUCCGCUGUCUGUGAAUUCUUAAAACAGGGCGAGGGGUAUCUUACGUGGGCAGCCUUUGGAAAAACAGCAGCCCAGUGCUGGGGCUUGAUGCUCCAGCUCAGCGCUUUUUAUCAUCGAGCCCCCAGCGGCACCGGCUUCCCGCCUUUUUCCCAGAGCAUGAGGCCACUAAACUGGGGAGCAUAGAUAUGGCAGAGCCUCACGCGCAGGCCCUAGCUACCGCUCUGAGAGUCUGGCUGCUUGUCAAAUCUUCCGGCUAGGGGAGACCCGUGCGCAGCUAGCUGCGAGCUAGGGCCCUCCCACUUGCAGGGCUGGGCGAUGCCUCCGCUAAGCCGCCUCCACCUGUGCGCAUUUCUGUCGGCUACUCUCUCUUGGCUUGCGUGGGGAAACUGCUAAACUUAAGGCAGCACGUUAUUACUAUCUUCAACGGCGUGAGGGCCUCACCUUUCUGGCUCACGGGCUGAGAAUGCGUGCGGGAUAGCUGCAGCCUCGCGGCCCUUGCCUCUAUUCUAAUCAAUUACCUUACCGCCAAGAACGAAGUAGACGCGUCUCGGUCUCAUCUUCUAACAAGCCACUCCGCUGCCAUACAGGAGGCCGAGGCGGUUCUUCACGUCCAAAGCCUUUGAUCUGGGAAGCAAGUGACGACGUAGCGGCUGAACGCCCAUCCAUGGCGCCGAAGACUACCUUGUGCUCGGGCUGCUCCAUAGCGUUGAGCCCGCCAGCAUCUGGCGCAGUGCAAAGGGUGAAAAGACGGCAGGCGCCUCUGUCGAUGCGGCUUGCAUCUUGUCGCGUAACAGGGUGGGCGCGUCCGCCUUGUCUGAGACCUCAGCGCCCGACAUUGUCCGCGGCUUGGCCUGCACAUGGUCCCGCAUGCCGCAGCUGACAUGGGACAGGCCUUGGCUGGGCGAACGGAAGUCUCGGACUUACUCGGUGUUAGUGCGGGCUGUCGCGUAUACUCUGGGCCGCUCGGCUUCUCUGGCCUCCAAGGUGACAAGCUGGCGACCGCCUUAAAGCUCAGAAAUAGGACGGCUGCAGCUGUAGCCCCAUCACAAGGACGGCGCCGGGAAUUCUCCACAGAACACCAGGCGAAGGCCAUGGUAACCAAGCAGGGCCCAUUCCGCCGCCUGCUUUAGCUCUUCCAUGCAACAGAACUACGCCAAAGAGCGCCCCUCUCCCCACUCUAAUCCAAUAGCGCAGAGCACGACGGGGCUGGGCCUCAUGCAUCCUCUUGAUAGCACUGGCUGCCAGAGGACUCCAGCAGGGCGUCCAGGGGUUGCACAUCCGCAAAGACGAGGCGCAAGACGUGCCGGGGCUCGCUCUUGCGCUCCCUCUCGAACCUCGACCAGCUGAAGCUAUCGGCCCACAUUCGUCCCAUCUUUGUGCGCGUCCAAUGAUAACUAAGAGCAGCAGAGCAUCGACCGCGCCAGCAUCAAAAAACUGGCGAGAGGCGCUGGCACUGACCUGCCACCCAGAUCGUCACCCCUCGCUGCACCGUCGUCCAGCUACGGAAGCAACCGCCUGAAGCGGGAAGGAGAGCGGCGUCGCAGUAGCUCUCUCCUGUGGUAGGCGUGGCGUUAAUAGCCACACCAGCAGCGACAACAACUACCACAACAGCCAUCGCCGUGAGCGGCGUGGCCACGGCUGUAACCGUGAUCGCCGUAACAGCCGCCCGCCAUCCCCUCAGGAAGCGCGACAACAACGACCAGGGCGAGCUUGAACGCCUGAAACGCUUCAAGCAAAUGGAGCAACAAGGACGAGACCAACUCACCGGGCAGGAGUGCGCUAACCGAAAAAGGCUAGACUGCCGCCUGACCUGUGUAAGCAAAAGGGGGCAGCGCUUCAGGAUACCGCUGGAGGCUGGGAAGUGCCAUCUUGUCGCUUCAAGGGAUGCAGGAGGCGCCUUGCCCCGCGUGGCCAGGCAGCUUGCUGCUUUUCUAAGGCUUGCGAACUGCCGGCGCCAUCUUCUGUAUUUCUCUGAAGUAUGGCCUGCGAGCUGCCGGCAAUGCUUUCCACUUCUGUUUUUUUGAUGCAAAGCCUUGCACACUGCAGGCAAAGCCUUCCGCGUCUUAUUGUCUGAGUGACGGAAAGCGUUGCGCGCUGUGGGCUCUACCUUCGGCGCUGAUCUCUUUACUCUGUGUAAAGGUCUGCGGGCUACAUGCUACACUUUCCGCGUCUUAUUUGGUCGCUCGUUCGCUGACGCAAAGCCUUGGGACAUAUAAAAUAAGCCAGGCGCUUACUUUCUUUCGUGGUUGUCUGCUGAGGCGGGCCCACCUUGUGGCCUCGUUUUCUUUCGUGUUGUAAUCUCUGUUGAUGAUAAGACCCGCGAACGGCAGGCGCGGGCGCGUAGCUUUCCACGUGUCUCGGUCGUUGUCGCUGAAGCUCCCCGGGGUGUGGACAUCUAUGCACUUUCCACCCAUGGGACGAACUGAACGCGCCAGCACUUGGCCUAAUGGUCCCCCCGUAGUAUGUCCACAGUGUCGCCCUCCCUGGUCAGACGUAACGUCGAGAGUGGCUCGCCCUCUUUGGGGAUAGGAUACAGACAGAAGGAACCCCACGCCCGUCCCCUGCUGAUAGCUACAUCCAGGCCCAGGAUCGUGCCUGAUGGCGGUGGUCUGCAUAUAAUCAGGCCCAGGCUCGCUGUGUUGCUGCAGCGGAGUGACUGACGCGGGAGCAAAAUAUGACACACCACGGCCACAACCUUCAACAGGAUCCCGAUCAAAGGCUUGCCGCUUCUCAUAUAGGCUCAGGCGUAAGGCUAUGAGGAUAGGACAGAGCAGACCUGAGGCAGCUUGUAGGCAAAAGGCUACACACUUCCACGGCUUCGCACUUAUCAGCCACACCUGCGCAGGGCAGGCAUAGCGCCAAGCCCUCUGAUCUUUGCCAUCUGCGUCUCUCGUAUCUGUUGAGGCCUUGGAUGCAAGAAAGGCGGCAAGCUUUUUGUUCAUUACCUCGACGCCUUUGCUCAUGAAUUACCUCAAAUGAGUCCAAUGACGGGCGCUCGUGGUGCUUCGGUUUCUUCCUAUUGGUUCAAUUUCUUUGGGGUGACUUAGCUUGCUCUUUUCUUCUUGGGUUGUCCGCCUUAGUUGGCUUCCUGGCCUUCGUCAAUUAGUUCGAAGCGGUUCGAGUUAGCUGACUCAGCUAGUUCAAACUAGUUCGAAUUAGUUGACCUAAUUACUUGGAAUUAGUUGGCAUUAGUUCAGAUUAGUCUAAAUUAGUUCAACUUAGGUAGUCCAAGUGGGUCCAGCUAAUUGGCUGAUUAGUCUGCGGCAGUUUGGGCCAGUUUAUUAACUGGCUUGCGCUAGCUUGGGCUAAUUGGUGAACUAUUUCGGGCCAGUUGUGAGCGAAUUCGCUGGCCUGGCUUGUGUUGAUUUGGAUUAAUUGGCGAAAAUUUUGCAAAGAUUUUCUCCUUCCUUAGUAAAACGUGGCGCGCCCCUUCGACAGAGGGAUAGGCAAUAAUCGCACAGGGUGCAUAAGCUGCCUGUAAUAUUUUCUAAAAAAUAUAGGGAGGAAGUGAAGAGCCUCAUGCAUCGUCUUGCACAAAAAACAGC